AUUUAAGGAAACACUGCAAUGGAAAUUUCAUGAUAUGUAGAUCUAACUAUUAGAGACCUGUACAUGGAAAUGUUUCUGUCUAUAUUCUCUGCAAUAUCAUUUCUUCUGAUAAUAAAUUCCAUUACAUGUAAACCGAAAUGGAUUCACGAAGUAGAAUUUUGCCCAAUGGCAAACAACCUCUCAGAUUGGUUGAGAGCAUCUGACUCAUUAAGAUGCAUACACAAUCUAACCUCAAAAAGUCCAACAGAACAAUCACAUGUUUACCAUUGUCUGCCUAGUAGUUUCCUAAACGAAUCUGUGGAAUUUUGUGGUGUAAGUGUACCCGUUGAGAAAGGAAAUUGUCCCAUAUACACGUAUGAGUUCGGUGAUAAUGUCUCCCCGAAUGCUAAGAGCUGUGAAAAGUUUUCUACUGGAUGUCCUGAACAGCUUUAUUUUUCAAAAAUGGUUUAUAUGUACUCAGAAUGUUUGAAUAUAAAUAAAAGGUGUCGUUGCUACAGAGCCGAUUCAAACUGUGCUGAGGAGUGUUCAGAGAAAGACGUUGAUCCAUCCACCAAACGAACAAACGAGAUCACAGCAUAUUAUGCGACGUCAGAAAUAAUUUCCAUGAGUACUACCCGAAGAACAACACAAUAUUCGACUCCAUAUCAAAAUCAAGAUCAAGAUCAGGAAACAGACAAUUCCACAAUUGUGGCGAUUGCAAUUUGUGUGCCGAUUGUGAUGAUUUUAGCAGGGGUAAUAGUAUUAUGGUACAGAAAAAGAUUAUCAUCCAAAGGACCAAUCGAAAAUCAGAAUUAUCGAAAAGUUACGUAUGUUCCCGAACAGGUUACAUUAAAAAAAGAUGAGGAGAGUACCGACUUUCCACUUCAUAAACUUUUAUGCAGCAUUGGUAGAAAUCUAAGAAAAACAAGUAUUGAAGCAUUCGUCUUUCAUUUGAGUGACCCAAAGAAAGACAAAAACUAUCAACCGAUAGAUGGACUACCAGAUGGCAGCAAUGUUCUGUUACAGCUGCAUAAGAUGUACGAUUUUACCUUGAACAUGUGUCUACUGGAAGCUUUUUUAGAUAAAGUAAACGAACAUAAGCUAAAAGAUCAAUGCAUCGACUUUGCAAUGAAACACAAAAGGAUUUACUAUACAAAAGGAAGUGUUUGCAAAAAAGGUUAUUUUGAACUUGUUCUGCAUCUAAACAAAUGCAUUAAUGACUUUGGUGAAGGUGAAAUAGAUAAAAUGCGAAAGCAACUGUCAGAUAUCCUGGAUAUGAAUGACCCGGAAGACAUUUUGUUGUGCGAAAUAUCGAAUGGUUCUGUGCUGGUACAUUUUUUGAUAAAGGAAAAGUAUCUUGGAGUCGUACUGUCAUGCAACUUUUCCAUUUUCAAGAAGUAUAGUUUACAAGAAAUCACUUUGAUGGGAAAACGCAUUUACCCACAGGAAAUCACAGGAAAGGAAUUGGAUUUACCAUCAUCUGCCUUACUUAGGCAAGAAAAACAAGAAAGCCGGACUUAUGCUUCAAAAGUGACAUUUGAAUUCGGACCAAAAGAACUUACAGCCCAUAAACGUGUAGCAGAGGAAAUACAAUUGAUAUACAAAUUAACUGGAAGAAAAAACGUAGCUGAUGAUAGCGUUUUAGUAAUUCACCACACUGAGAAGGAACUGGAUGAAAUUUGCAUGGCACUGUUCGAGUCUGCACCAAAUGUCAUCGAAGUAGAAGAGUUAAAAAACUUUGAUAAGGAGUCACAUUCGAAAAGCAUAAUCAUUUGCAGUGUUGGUAAAUAUCCUAUAAAUGGGGAAUAUCUUCGUUUCUUGCAAGAUUUCAAGUCAGCUGAAAAUCAUUUCUUGUAUACUUCCGAAAAAGAACAUGUUAGAGAGGAACAGAAAGUGCUUGAUAUCAUCAGUGCAUUUGGAGGAUCAGUUAAGAAGGGGCAUAUUUUGCACGCGAAUUCUGACAAACACGAUUUAUUCAGAUCGUACUGUAACUCUGUUGAAAACGAUCUUGCAGAGCUCUACCACACAAUUGAAUGCAGGAUAGGCAAUAAUGAUGCAAACGUAAUUAAUAUGGUAGCAAUGAACAUAGCAAAAAUUGCAUCACUUCAAAAGAUUUUGAAAUGUGACAAUGACGAAGAAAAACCCUUUUCAAAUGAUUGUUUGGACAUUCUAAAAAGAACUAAAGAGGUUGGCGUUUUUGGUUACAUCGUAAAUCAGGAUACGCUGCUCAUUUUGAUAAACGAAACAGGAAGCAGAUCAGAAGACUUUUCACAUAGCCUGAGGAAAAUCCGAAAAUUAUUGAUUGGAAUGAAAGUGAAAGUGAUCAGGAUAACAAUCCAGUCUUUGAAAUCGGGUUCCGUGAUAUAUACAUACAAUGGAUUGAUGGGAACUUUGGGAAUGUUUGUAAAUAUAAACGAAAAAGGAAAAAUGGUACAAGCAUGUAUAAGCAGUGGACACCUUCUUAAAAAAGAUGACAUUGCAUACUUUGACAACGAUGGAGAGAGAGUCAAGCUUGGUCAUUGUAUUUGGCCUGAAACCUACUACAAUGACAGAGUAUCGAGCAUAAGCGUCAUAAAAUUGACUGAUUAUGCGGAAACCUUAAUAAAAAGGCAAGUUUACGAACCAGUAGAACUAUUCCAUGGAUCAUUAAUGGAUCUUCAACACAGAAAAGUGUUUAAAUACGGUGCUCAAUCUGGUUUAACGUAUGGAUAUAUACAAAACGAAAUAAAUACAGAAUUAUUCGGUUAUAAAAGAAUGAUUCUCGUACAACCCCAAUUUCAGCGAUUUUCUGUCCCUGGUGACUCUGGAGCCAUAGUUCUUACAAAAAUGAACGAAAAAAAUGUUGCAUUGGGUAGCGUUUACGGCGGAGAAUUAAAUAUUUAUGAAAACAAAGAACCAAAGCAUAUAAAUGGAACAGUGGUCAUUUGCCUUUCCGAAGCAAUUGGAGAUUUUGAGAGGAACUUACAUACAAACAUUAAAAUUGUUGACUAUUUUAUUUAAUUACUUAUGUCGUAUUAUUUUC